AUGGAUUCUCCCAUCUCUCCUUUGUUCCUGGAAGAAGAUGGUCGACCCCAUCCGCUCCCUCAUCUCUCCGAUGCAUACCUUGGUCAUUUCCAUCAAGCUUCCUACCGACCACUGCCUUCGAGUGACACUCAUGAUGGUGCCUUCUCGCCGGCACUCCGACUGUUCCCUCCCGAUCAAGCCUCGUUUCCGGCGCCUGUGCCUUUGCCUGCGCCUGUGCCUGUUCCUACGAUCUUGACAUCCAACACCAACGAUGUGGAACCGUCAUCGUCUCCUGAACUAUACGACGGCAGCUGCAGGAUUGUCUCGCAGCCAAGCGGUCCGGCGGACGAUUACACCGAGAGAUGGUACAAUGCCCGCACGCGGGUUGUUCAAAGAGCUUCCGCCGAGCUGGCGAUCGAAAUCGUCACAUCCGAAGUAAACAUCUCGACCCUCAGGAAUACCCGUGCCAAUAUUGCCGAAGAGGUUACUGUCGGUCGGACUUGCGAGAUCGGUAAGGAUGCUCUCAUCCAUGGAGAGGCUAAGCAUGCAGCCGCGCAUGAAAGGGAGCACUGCGAGGUGCGCCGACAACAGUUUCAGCAAGAAAUGAUCGUAGCAGCCGCUGCUGUGUCUCAGCCUCAGCUUGAAGCGAGCACUGAAGCGACCACGACCACGACCACGACCACAACCACGUCACCGUCGGGAUGCUAUCUCCCAUCACCAUGCUCCCUAGGGACAUCACCCAUGUCAAUGUCCACUUCUGGAGCCUUGACCAGUCCGCCCACUCCGCAGCCUUCGACUCUUGACAAACCUGACGGACAUGAUGCUCCGGCGUACAGCUUCCCCAUGCCUUGUUCAGACGUGCCAACCGGACCCGUUUUCAACAACACGAACACGGACGACGGCUGCACAAUGUUCUACUUUUGCUACAGCAACGACAACGUCAACGAAAAUGGCCUUCCGAGACAGAUGGAGGGAAAGGAUUGCAGCUCUGAAAUGCCAUGGACUCCAUAUCCAUUCGACCUCGGACUGGGACUGGGAGGAUUUCACGAUACCCACGAUAAUCCUAGGAUCUCGGUCAAUCCUCUAGAGGCGUCGGGGUCGGACCACUUGAAUCCUGCCAUCCCGACGGGGUACAGCUUGGACCGGAAUUGGGGUAUGGAUCCUAUCGGUGGUAGUGGUAGUGGUGGUAGUGUGGAUGCAACUGCUGGUAUGCUUGGGUAUGUGGAUGUGCUUGGGUAUGUGGAUGUGGAUGUGGAAGUGGAUGGGCAUGGGCAUGAAGACCGGGAUGUGCACGGCGACGGCGCGACAACCAUGGAUCUGGGUGCGAAUAUCGAUGCGUUGGUAUACUUGGGGAGUGGUAUACUGUUGGGCAGUCUGGGCGUGUAG